AUGUCGGACACCCGCCCACGGCUGGCGCUGUCACGAUACCGCCCGAUUCUCUACCUGCUCUCCGGGGUGGCCGCCGCCUACGCGAUCGUCUACAUCCACAACUACAUCAUCUCCUCUCCUCCGUCGACUUUCCGGACUUCCCUCCGACGCCGCAGAGCCGUCCGUCGCCGGCGACGGAGAAGCGAAGCCAGCAACGCCAGUGACCAUCCCGUUGACGACACCCCGUCGACGCGAGCUAUCGCGCACCUGGAGCAACUGGAGCGCCAGAAUGGAGUUUACGGAACAUUUCGCAUCGAGACAGAAGAUGGAAGGCGCGUGGAAAGUGGCCUGCUCCCGUCUUUGCUCGCAACCCGGGACCAGCUCAUGGAGGAAGUGGGGGUUCCCCAAGCUCAUGCGGAGCGGAUGCGCGAAAUGAUGGAAGACACUUUUCUGGAAUCUUUCUUGGCACUGGACUUUCCACCCACACAUUUCAUACAAGAAGGCUGUCCAGAAUGGGAAUACUUAAUGGUAGAGCUCCAGCGGCGGGGGAUCUCGCAGGCCGGAAUCGAGAGGGCCUUGAUGCGAUUCAAUGCAGACAAUAACUACGGAGAGGAGUUACGGCGGCGGCGACAGAACGGCGAGCGGGUCACUUUGUCGACAUCGACCUUUCCCGAAGAGUCGCCGCCGGUGCCGAAUAUGGAUGGCGGGGAGACGGUGGUGGAUGAUCAGAGUGUGUUCUCGUGGAGGGACGGGAAUAACGACUCCUCGCCAACGAGAGAAGGACAGAAUCUGCUUAACCUGUUGUAUCAUAUUGCUGAGGACCAGGCCAGACGGGACGGGUAUAUUCAUCGCGGCGUGACGUGCAAUAGCUGCGGCGCCAUGCCCAUUCAGGGUAUUCGGUACAGAUGCGCAAACUGCAUCGAUUACGAUCUGUGUGAAACGUGCGAAGCGAUGGGAGUGCACAUCAAGACACACCUGUUCUACAAGGUCCGGAUACCGGCGCCAUUCCUAGGCAACCCUCGACAGUCUCAGCCGGUCUGGUACCCUGGGAAGCCUACCAUGCUGCCGCGCAGCUUAUCCCGGUCUUUGGCCAAGCGCCUCAUGAAGGAGACGAGCUUCGAAAAUACCGAAUUGGAUGCGCUUUGGGACCAGUUCCGCUGCUUGGCCAACCAUGAGUGGGAAGAAGAUCCAAACAAGCUCUACAUGGCCAUUGAUAGAAAGACGUUUGACCGGUGUUUUGUACCGAACACAUCCAUCCGGCCACCGCCCCCUAGUCUGAUAUACGACCGCAUGUUUGCCUUCUACGAUACCAACGGCGAUGGUCUAAUUGGGUUCGAGGAGUUCCUGAAAGGUAUUGCCAGUCUCAACAAUAAGAGCAAUGAUGAGCGGCUACGGCGCGUAUUCCGUGGCUACGACAUUGAUGGCGACGGCUACAUCGAGCGGAAGGACUUCCUACGGGUUUUCCGGGCCUACUAUGCGCUUAGUAGGGAGCUCACUCGAGACAUGGUGGCAGGUAUGGAAGACGACUUUCUGGAGGGCGGUGCUCGGGAUGUUGUAUUGGGAAGUCAACCGAUCAGCUCGGCCUUUCCUGGCAGCAUUCCCUCCGGGGAAGCCUCGAGGACCGGGGAGGGUAAGCGUAUGAAUCAGGACGGCGACAUGGAACUUGUGGACAACGAAGGGAUCGUACGAUCAGACCGCGCGGAUACCGCAGAUCGACACUCGGUUGUGGGAGACGCUGCAGUGCGAAGCCAAUACGGCAGCGUGCGACCCAUGUUCCCAACUGCGGCUCGCCUGGCGACUCCGUCCGGAUCUGGCGUGGCACAUACUUCAGGAAGCAACACUAGAAGAGAAGUCAACGGUGACGAUGGUAGUAAUAUUCCCGACGAUGCCUCCAACUCUUCCGGUGCCAGCGACAGGUGGCCUCCGCCGGAGCAUGUCCGCGACUACGAUAUUGUGAACGCGCUUGGAUAUCAUGUGCCUUUGAACGAUAUCACUGACCCAGCCGAUCGAGCCCGUGUCGGUACCGCGGUCUACAACAGAAUGUGCGCUCAGGACCGAAUCCGGGUUAACGUGACUCGCAGCACUGGCAUUCACAACCGCUGGCAGCGCAGACGGUUCUAUACUGAUGAAGAAGACGGCGCAACUGCUCCGCCCGGUUAUCGCAGCGAUAUGGACGUGGAUGGCCUGAGCGAGGAUGAGGACGAAGAUGAUGUCGACGAGCCUCAGCCCGAUUCUCACCCACCAUCUCCCCGAUCUCGCUCCUCCUCCAAGGUGCGGUUCCAAGACGAUCUCACCGAUGAUUACGACGUGCGCUCCAACCCGUCAACCUCAUCUCGCAGCAUCCUGGUAGGCGAGCGAUGGGGCGGGUUCGAGAUUCCAGAGGUCGAAAGAGAUGUCGGCAAAGAGAUUCUGUAUCAAGUCACCCAGCAAGGAUUCAACGAGCUGCUCGACCUCCUGUUCAAGCCGAAAGAGGACCUCCUUAUGGAGGCCUUCCGGACUCGGGCCGAGCGCAAGAUGUGGGCGCGCGAAAUCGAACAAGUCGAGCAGAUGGAAUCCGGCACGCAACUUGGCCCCGAAGAGGGCCGGCAAACCAACGACGAGCCGGGCGAGCCUCCAGAAUCGACGAUGGUCAACCCAUUC